UCAGUUACAAACCAUCAGCAUGAAAGUCAGACACACUUUGACCUUCUUCUUCCUCCUCACGCUGCAGGAUGGAGACACUGGAGACGUCUACAGAAGACUGGAAGGAGGAAACAUCACUGUUAAAUGUUCAUUUACUUUUUCUGGAAGCAAUAUGUUCUUCUGCAGGGAAAACUGUGAAGGAAAAAACCUUCUCAUUGAAACUACUGAUAACAGCGCUCAAAACGGCAGAUACAGCAUGAGAUUUGUAAAAAAAUAUCUAUCAUCUAAUGAUGUGAAUGUGAGCAUCACAAAGCUGGAAAAGUCUGAUUCUGGAUGGUACACGUGUGGUUUGGAGAGAGUUGGACCAGACUCAGAGAAGAAGUUUAAGCUUGUUGUCAUAGAAGCUCCACCAGCUUCUACACCAACCUGGACUCCACAGCCUCUCUCACCAUCAUCAGCUUCGACCACAGAGAGUCUGAGCUCCACCUCAGCAUCUUCCUCAUCUUCCUCAUCCUCCUCUGAAACCAUCAAACCGACUGUGACACCAGCUGCACGUCCAGAUGGGCUGCUUGCAGUGGGUCUGCUUCUCUUCAUCAUGAUCCUCAUUUUAUCUGCAGCUUUGCUGCUUUUCUGUAAGAAGAGAAGCUCCAGUAAACCUGAAGAGCCUGCAGUGGAAAGUGGGUUCUCUAAAGGUGCACAGGCCAAUCAGGUCUAUGAGGAGAUCAGAGAGGACGUCGUUUACACCAAACCUGAGACGACUGAUGUGUACAGCCUCGCCUCGGCUCCUCAGAACAAGGUAGAAGAUGACUCGGUAGAUUACAGUGAAGUGCAGUUUCGCAGCCAUGGUGCCUUGCUCCACAGCGCACCCUGUGGUCAUGCAGACGUCAUCUAUUUAACACCUCGGGGUGACACCAGCUCUGCCAACACCACAGAUGCUUCGUCUCCUCUCUACGCGACUGUAACCUCACAUCAGCAGUGAUGUGUUAGCUUUUCUCAGAAUAUAACGUUAAAACCUGGUUUCCUGUUGCUCCUUGGGUCAUGCUAAUUUUAUGUUCAAACUGGUGCAUGUUGAAGGAAGGAAGGAGGGAAGGAAGGAAGGAAGGAAGGAAGGAAGGAAAGAAUGAAUGAAUCUUUAUUGUCACUGCAACAGGUGCAACAAAUGUUUUCCAGUACAAACCCCGUCCAAGAGUAGACAACAACAACAUAUAAACAAGCAGGUUCAGGCAGACUGAGGCAGCAGCUGCAGAGCAGCGCGUCAUUUCCACAGAGGGAAAAGAUAACAUGAGGGAGAGUAACGGGAGGAGGC